ACUGCUGUCAGUGCUAUUGUCGUUCAUGGUUUACUAUUCGUUGUUCAGUGUUAACCCCCGAGUCAUGCAAAACCCGUUAUUGUAAGGAGAAGAACAUUAUCGGAUACAAUCACGGAAGAUGGCAUUUCAACAGAUUCGAGCAGCCGAGUACGGUUGUGAACUAGAGUAUUUCCGCUUAAGGUAGGCGCUACUUCGUACUUCAUAGCUUAUCAUGACACACGUUGACUUGGUAGUAGCGCCUUCCCGUUAAUGCGCGCAUAUAUAUAUAUAUAUAGAUACUAUCCAUGCAGAUUCACAGACUUGCUUCACUUACAAACCGACUCAGCACCUCACUACAAACAAAAAAACAGCACAGAUCUCGUGGUCUAGCGAUUCAUACCUGCAGCUAUCGCAACUAGAGCAAUUGUUACAAUUCCAAUCACCGGUAUCUUCAAACAAAAGAACCAUAGUUGAAAAUAUGCGAUGCAGCUGUUUCAUAUCGAGACUCGUUGGUUGCUGAACGUAAAGGCAACGAUAAAAGUCAGCCCUACAUCACGCAUAAAUAAAGUGUACAGCUCUCAAAAGUGUGAACAUGCUAUAACGAGAUGCAGAUAAGACUAGAUGUUAUAUUCUAAUUUGCAGGCGUUCCUGUACAAAGCAUGCGGUCCUAGGGGGCCAAACUACAAGGGGCCAACAUGUUAGAUACACAUCUACAAACAUCCACAAAGCAGCAAACUAUUGCCGAGCUCGCGACCCGAAAGCACAGGGUAUAAAAACAUCGUUUCCAGCAGCGUACUUACAGCCCAACGUACUCACUGGGUCACUAUCUUUCGACAGUAUCGAUGACAAUGCGCACGGCCAUACCAUGGACAAGCGUGUUUUGCCAGCGGAUCAAGACUCGCACGUGUCAUUAACAUCACCGAGCGCCCAACGGCCAAUCACUUCAUUAUGAAUGACGCCCAGUCAAUGGCAGCGCAACUAACGCGCGAUCCAACAUCUUCCUAUACAGCUAUCCAGGCAGCAAGUCUCCCCAUGAGUGCGAUCGCAAAAACCGCGAGCUUACCUUCUACACUUAUCCGACAAAACAUUUUCCCCGUUGUUGGCCGUGACUGGGACGCUCAUGAAUCAUCAUUGACGGACGACAGCGCUAUGUUAAACUAGAAAAUGUUCUUUUACGACAACUUAAUAACUGGUGCUAUUGAUAACGGUGACGCAAGCCUUUGAGAGUUACUCUCGACUUACAGCAGGCAUGGACACACGAACUGAGAGAACCGAGAACUAAAAAAUCUGCGUGGACGCGGAGAGAAAUGCACUCACAGGUGCCUGUCGCGAGACAGUGGCGGGGUGUAAAUGUAAAAGUAAUAAAAUGGCCUAUUCCAGUUGCUCCAAUCAUUGUAUACUGCUCGGCCGAUUGGAGUUAUACAGGCGGCGCAAUUAUUAUCAUACAACUAGUAUUAUUAUUGCGACUUUCGUUGUUGACGGAACGAAUACAUAGGACCUGGAUCUACUCGUCUGGGGCAGACAUCUAUCUCGAACUAAAACUGCCUCUGCGACGAUCUACUAUAUGGUCCUGUUGUCGUAAUAGCACUUGCCGCGUUGGCGUACUGACGCUACGUCGCUGACAAACUGCUACAAAACACCAGCGCACUGCAGCCUGCCGGCGUAAUAUCCCUUCAUAUUGCUUUCACCAAAGAUGGCGAGUCUAGCUCCCGUUCAUAAACGUGUGCGCAAGGUACGCACGUAAUAUUAUAUAUUUGAACCAUGUCUGCGACGCCUGGCGACGUUAUUGACACUAGCAUAGCAGGAAUAUUACGGGUGCACAUGCAGCGUGUUCUAAGUCAUCCGUUCGUUUGCUAUCGUAAUGGUAUAUAGCCAGAUUCGCAUCAAGCAAAUCAAUGACUGGUGGAAUGAUGCGCGCCAGCUGUGAGAUAGACGUCCGUGCCUGUCUAUUUGACUAGCAGCAUGUAGCUGGUCACUUCGUUUCUUGUUGCUGGAAGCAACAAACGUACAUAAAAUCCCAACACGCACGUUAGUUACUAGAACGAUUUCACGGCGUCCCUACUGUUAUCUGAUAUCUAGCAGAGCUCGAACAGCUGCGAGAGCUACAGAGGUUUUCGCCGGUUUUCCAGGUGCAAACUCGCGUUCGCCAAUCUUCUUGAGUUGGCUGCCUCCUCCAAAUUAGCUGCAACGCUAACGCCUUAUGGCUGAAGCAACGGGCGUCUACAGAAGCAACUCACUCCCAAUGACGAUCGACAACAGAGCAUUCAUCAUGCCUGAGACGGACACCUCUCGCAGCUCUAAUGCUGCCAGCAUCACCGUCUUUCAACUGACAGGGAGCGAUUCAGUCACGCGCCGUUGGUCGUUUGUGCUGGCGCUACUACUGCUGCUCGAUUUAUCUGUCGAUCUCUUCGCUACCGUCGCCGCCACCUCACAGCGCCGACUAGCGAUUGUCAGGCGACGAGCUGCCCUCUCCAGCAGAUCCCUUUGAGGAAAGGGCGACGCUGCAUGGCCUCGCUCGGCCGCGACUCUCAUUCGUGUGACGGCCGUCCUGCGCUCAACAUCGACUUUGUUCCGUAGGCCCGUGUAUCUCAGCCGCGCUGUUGGAAACUUGUAGCAGCAGGCAGUCUGUAAGGACAGAGAAACUUAGCGGGCGAUUUGGCUGCUGCCGCUGCUGUGCUACGGCGACGGCGGCCCGACUCACCGCCUUCCUAUCGCCGCUCCCAGCGACCCCUGGUGAGCUCAACCCGCGAUUCGCACGUCCGUGGUGCGCUGGAUGGCGGCCGGCUUUUGCACGUCCGUGUCGCUCUGGCGGGGUGUCGCUCUUGCACAGUUGUAUUAUUCUAUGUGAGCAGCGCACAGCAAGUCAGUGCUUUCUGUGUCAAGUGUCUGGUGUUUAGUAUGUGUGUGUUCUCUGUGUCCCGCAAAGGAAACUUGUUCGAGUGGCUGUAGCCCGGCUAUCUGCUACGGCCGUCUGCAGCGGCGGAAACAGCAGCGGUUAUCGGCCGCAAAAGCUGUAUGCGAUCGUGUGAGCACCAGCUUCGUGUACGGUGCCCGCUCGAAGCGAACCGUCACAUCAGCAGAAGCGGGGCGAUCCAUUGGCGCCAGUCUUAGCAGCCGUGCCGCCAGCUGCAGUUUGAAAAACUCUCCUAGUCAUAGCCACAUACUCACCAGUACCAUUAGUCGCGCUCUGUAGAGACCACAGUGAUUAAGGACGGCAACGGCGGCGGCCGAUGGACAGAGCGGGCGGCGAGGCGGUCGAGCAGCAGACCCAUGAUAGUACGGGGCGGGACCUCGAAUUCGAAGCAGUGUCGGCGUCCCUCCGGCAGCAGCAGUAACUAACGUUGUCGUUCGGCUCUAGAAAAAACAACACGGUGCGAUCAGGCAGACAACAUAGAGGGGAGACAGCACAGCAAACGAACAACCGACGGACGGACGGAUGGCAGACCAUUACUUCACUGUGUUGUUGUGCUAUUUGCCAUAGUUGGUGCCGUCUUGAUGCUGCUACAACAGCACCGCUGCUGUUGCUGUUUUAGCUGGAAAGCCAAAUAGGAGUGGGGCAACUCGCCGACGAACGUGCGACGGUCGCCAGCAAACAUUGGCAUGGCGGUACGCAGAAAGACACCUGCUUAUACAAAUGGCAUAGCAUCAUUGGAUGACCGCUGCCUCUGAGCUUGGACCACGCUGUUUUACCAAGUACUGGCCACAGUGGCAACAGCAGCAGCAGCAGCAUUAGCACUAGUAAAAGUAAUAGCUGAAUUAGCUCUAGGCGACGACCUACUGGUGUCGACACGCGAGUAACAGCAGGCCUGCCCAUCCAGUAGCGAUCUUCUCUCAUCGUAUCGAUGAUAAUUGAUUCCUUAUAUUCCUUUCUAUACGUAUGCUAGACAGGCAGCACCAGUCAAUUGUGACAAACGAGGUGUGGUACCGUUGUAGUGUGCUUUUUGCGGUGCUGCUGCGGCAGUGGCAAAAGCCACCGACGGUGCGGUGUUAGCCGGCUAGCUACAACGUAAUGGCCCAGACCCGAAAUAGGGUCGAUUAUACAGCAGCGACCUUAAAGGCAGCAGAGCACAGCACCGCACGCCACUAUCACGACUGCGAGGACAAGAACAACGCUAGCAUCUAGUGUAGGAAAGGACGACAACAGAAACCUGCCUUCCCGUCGUCUCCAGAAGCAACGGCGGCCACAGAAACCCCACCAGCACCAUUGUGGCCUGUGAUCGCUGCUGGACAACUCCGCACGCUGCCUUGCCUGGUGGCUCGGUGUGAUACGAUAAACUGGCGUUCAAUUGUCCUACCACUGUACAUGCGCUCGCCGUUACACCUGGUGGGCGCUAGUGGUAAGUGGGCACAACGUUAAACAUAUUAGUCUUCUUGGUUGGGGUUGUCAGCGCACUAUGAUAGUCAGCCGGACGCAAUGAACCGCAGUGAAACCUUAGGAGACGAACGGAUAUACCCAGCAAGUUGACGAAGACGCGUUUCUGUACAUGUUAAGUUCGAUUUGAUGAUACUGCUACGACGACGAAUUGAUUAGCGGAAACCAAUGUGCUGUACCAGCCAGUACCAUCUAAGCAGAACAUCGAUUAGCCGGUGUCAUGUAAAACAGCAUCGACAGUCUCCACGAUGCAGAAACUGUUUGCAACUCAAAUGAAGAUGUUACACGGGCUUACGAUACUCUCGAGCUAUAAAGUGGAGUGAUUCCAAUUAAUAUAAAUAUUGUUUCCCUUCGACCGUGGGCGUGUGUGCGUGUGUAUGUGGGUGUGGGUGUAUGUGUGUGUGCGUGCGCGGGCGUGUCUGUGUAUGGGUGGUGGAUGUGUGCAUGUUUAUGCAGUGUCCCAUGCGGUCUGUUGAAUGUAGGCAGACCAGGCUAUGCCGGUAGCCGGCAUCAUUGAUUUGUCGUCGCAGUGGAAUAUACCGUACACAGUACGGCCGCAUAGAAGCAAACAGAUCAGUGGAGCGCUUCCCCCAGGAAGCCCUAAAUCGAGCUGAAUUAAGCCAGCUCAAGGUGAUGCAACAUGAGCACCACAGCGAGCACGUCGCCUGCGACCGCUCGACUUUUCGUCAGUUCGGCUCUGGAACGCGAUGAGACCGGCGUCGAAGAGAAACUCGACCAAGGUCUAGCGUUGCUGCAGGCGCUCACGCACAACAUGAGUGACAACGAGGCGAUCGAAGGUCUUACCCAGCACGUAUGCCGGAACCAGCCCAGCCACGAGGAGGUGUCGUUCGGCCUGCUAGCCAUCAUGCUCACCGAGCCAUCACUGGCUGGCCGAUUCUAUCGCGAUCUGACCCUCGUUAGUCGGGAUGGUAUGCAGACGUUUAUCGCCCAGUUAAUCCAAGUGGCCAUCGAGCGCUACCCAAAACUUAGUGAAGUGGCCCGUAACCAGCUGCUAUGGUUGGCACGCGAGCUGAUCAAGCAUCUUGUAUCAGGUACCGACGCUGUCGUGCUUAAUUUGUUACGGCAGGUUCAGGGUGGUGACGUGAGCCCGAGGAACGUCUGGCUAGCCGAAGCGCUACUCAAUUUGCUCUGCGAGAAUUCUAUCUGGCUAGAAAAGUUUCCCAUUUUGUUAGCCACGAGCGUCUAUACAUAUCUACGAUUAAUCGUCGAUCAUUUCUCGCCUCAGUUUGCGCAGCUCCGACAGCGAGAGGUUGAGUUUUGCAUAAAAACGCUCCGGGAAAAGUUUCAGGAGUGUGCAAUGAUAGGUCGCGACCUCGUGCGCGUCCUGCAGAACGUGGCGCGCAUACCCGAAUUCGAGGCGAUCUGGAGAGACCUGUUAGAGCGGCCGACGGCGCUGUCGCCGUCAUUAACUAAUGGCGUCGCGCAGUUACUUGCCACGAGGACGCCCCGCCGCUUUCUGCAAUCCCGUGUCACGCCAGAUAUGGAGAGAAAACUUUACUUUAUGACGCAUCAAGUGAAACUUGGCCAACAGCGUCGUUAUCAAGACUGGUUUCACAAGCAGUACCUGUCGACGCCCGAGAGCCAAUCGCUGCGAUGUGAUCUUAUUCGGUAUAUCUGCUGUUUUAUCCAUCCGUCGAACGAGAUCCUCUGUUCGGACGUCCUGCCCCGGUGGGCAGUUAUCGGUUGGCUUCUGAUGACAUGUCUGUCCAACGUCGAAGCGUCUAACUGCAAAAUGGCACUGUUCUACGACUGGCUCGUUUUCGACUCGGAAAAGGAUAAUAUCAUGAAUAUAGAGCCUGCUAUCCUUGUCAUGUUCCAUUCGAUCCGCCCUCAUCCGCAAAUUACUGCCACCCUAUGGGAUUUUCUGAUUCGGAUCAUGCGCGAGUUUUCGAAGCCGCUCGCGGACCGGAUUCGUCAGGGCAUCCAUACGUCGUUGCGGGUUAUCCUCGAAAAGCGGGUUCUAUCGUCACUUGCCCCACUAUUCGACUACCCCCGACUUGACAACGAACUCAAGAACUGUAUCCGAGAAAACUUUGCCGAAUUCUACACGGCCGAUAUGAAGAAACAGCCAAUCGUUAUCGAUGACAUCCAGGCGGUCGGUGGUGGGGUGCCUGGCGGACCGUCCCCCAUUCAUCCCGUCCUUGUAGAUGGAAGUCCAGUCAUCGUUAACUGCGAACGGACUGCAGAUAUGGCUAAGUUCUCCGAUGAUGAAGAUGAAAACAACAGCGCCGUAUUCCGACCGAUCAAACCUGAGGUCAAAAGUGCACCAACCACCGCCACAACGUUACCGCAGGAUAACAUUGUCAAGCUCAAGCAGGAGGUCAAGCUAGCGUCGCAAAUUGGCGGCGCUCCAAAGCAGCUCGGUGGUAGCGCAAUUGAUGAUAAGAAACCUUUGGUGAUGGUCACCGGUGUGGGAGGCGGAACUCCAACUCCCAUAGUUGUGACGGGUGGCAUCGCUGCAACCGGUGGUAAUAUGCCCGUCACCAUUCAGAUCGGGAAUAACUCCGAUGGUAGCCCUUCGCCACCGGCGAUCGAUGAAUUUCUCGAGGGUCUACCUGAACCAUUCAAGACACACAUGAGCCAACUGCAGAAAGAGCGAGAUACCGAGAGCCAAUGCGCGGUAAUCGAACGCCUCAUGCAAGAUCUCAUCGAGUGUGAGACGUUCGACCGCCCAUUGGCGAAGCAGCUCGGUGCGUGCUUUUCACACGUGCUUACCGACGAGUUCACCCGGAACGUUCUGCCGGACACGCUGAACAAUGACACGUUGGAAAACGCCAUCGGAACACCGCUGUUCGUCCUAUUGCGUAGCUUCUGCCAGACUUCACCUCAACACGAGUCUCGACGAGCGCAGCUACAGAUUCUCGUUGAAAUGUCGCUUUACCAGCCACGACUUUCGGUUUUGCUAUUGUUCUACCAAAGAGUAAAGCGUGUGCACCUGACCAAUCAGGAGGCGACAGCGGAUCAACCCAGCCGAGGAUUCGAUUCGAACAGCUCACCGUACGAAGAGCUCGUUGUAGCCAAGAACGCCAAACACAGUUUGGAAGACGCACUGCGCGAUGAUCUCGCGCUGUGCGAACAGGCUGGUCAUAUUCGUUUGUUGUGCUUCCUUGUGCCAGAAGUUUACUCGCAGUUCGCAUCAGCUGCUUUGGGCCAUUCCGAGCUACUUCAUCUUGUUCUAUCGGUUAUUGACUCCAGUCAACUUCAACAACUCUGUUGUCAAUGUCUGCAGGGCGAGCUUACGAUGCUAACCCAGGACAACUUUCUGCCACUGGCCAAGGCAUCGCUUCACUGGGAAACGUUCGAGCAGAUGGCCUUCUGGGGUUUGCUGCAAGCACACCGAUUCCAAUCCGAGUGGCUGUUACCACUUUUGCCACUACUGAACUUCGUAAACCACCAGGAGGCAUGCAACAGCGCCAUGUUAAUUCUUGCUGCCCAGAAACCGUCGACGGAACUGGUGCAAGUACUUCUUUCGCGAGAUAUUAACGACAAAGACAUUCUGGUCCUUUCACUGCUAAAGCACUGGGCUAUUCUUUGUGCCGAUGUCCUAGCUGAAGUCCUGGCCACGAUGGUAGUACCUCAAAAGGGUAAUAAGCGUCGGCGGCAAACAAAAAGCCAGGCCGCUCAAAGUACCCAGCAAGCCCUGCUGCAUCUCGAUCAGCUGCGGCAAAACUGCGGGGAAAGCACCGAUUUCUUCGCAACCGAGCCCUUGCACUCGGCGUUACAGCAUGCGCACGUCGCAGCCAAUGAAAAUCAACGGGCGAGAUUCGCCCAACUCUUUGCACUUGCCGCGGACGACGACUCGGAAGAGGAAUACACCCCCGUUCGGGAGAAAAGUAAGGCACGAAGCUCGAAUCGUGGUAAACGCGGGGGUGCUGGCAGCGUAUCCGGAUCCCCCCAAAAACGAAGUGGAAAUACUACAAGCGGUUCAAGCAAGAAAGAUCGCAAUGAUGAUGAAGGAUCGGACACGGAGUAUGAUUCAAGCACCGAAGAGGAAACAAGCAAGCCAAAACCACCGCGAAAACGACGGAAACAGCUGGUAUCGGACUCCGAUUAGGAGACGAAGUGUCCGAAAGUCAACUGGCGCGAGGACCAAGGAAAUGGUUUUGAAAGUUGUAUUCGUCUUGUGCUUCGGCUGCUAAUGUUACUAACAAGUUACCACUAGUGAGUCGCCUCUUUGCCCUACGAUCAACGACAUUCGAAUUCCGAGCUUGGUAGGUCGAUUUUAAGACACAAAAAGUCUGCGUAUUUUUAACGGCUAUUUUUGAACUGUAUGCAAUUCACGCUGGACUUGCUCCUUAUUUGCAUUUUGCUUUUAAUUCCAAUAUGUGUAGCAAUAUAUGAAAAAUUAUUAAUGUGAUAGGUGAUGUAUAUCAAUGAUAUCGAUGUAUCGUCGCACGAAAGCAAUGUCGAUGCCCCUUUACACUUCGAUGUUGAUCAGGGACACCAUUCUAACGCGCUCGUUUUGCAUCAAACGUUGUUUUGUUUUGCUUUAGGUGCAUUUGUCUAUGCAUAGGGCUAAAUGUAACGUGACUAGAGAAGAUGAAGAUCGAGAAAGUCCAGCGUGAUUCGCGCGCGCCAGUAGCAUUAGCAUGGCAGCUCAGCCUCGCAGUCAAACUUGAUUCACACAAAAUCAAUUUUUGCUGGUUGCAAAUUUUUCGAUAGGCAACGAAGCGAACAACCUGAUUGGCGACCUGAAAAAAAAAGGAAGAAACAGAGCUUUCGACAAACCUGCUAAUGUACACCGACAAAUGGAGCAGUUUCUGCUUUUAUUGUAAUCACUGCUACUAUUGUUAUUAUUAUUCUUAUGAGGCCGUUAUCCUCUCCGAGAUUACGUAGAGAAAAAGCCCGGUAAGAGCGGAAGUUAGGGUUUUCGACACACGUUAACUGGUGGAGUGUAGAUUUUUACAUAAGAAGCUAGAAACAUUCUCUAAAACGAGUGUUGCUUCUGUUGUGAAUGCCAUGUGUUGAUGCGUGUGACAAAGUUCACGUUUAUGCCCAAUGACUUGAGGUGGGAAAGGUGUACUUGUCUGCGAGGAUGACAACUAUUUUGCGACCUUUGAUAUGUCUGUUCGCGCGCCGCUCUCUUUUUGAGCUUGUCACAACAAUAGAAUCUUGAUGACAAAAUGACCGAUCGCGCAACAGCAAAGCAACAAUAAAUACAGUGACUUUAUAGGAUAUAUAAGAGGAGAGUGAGUUGUACGUAAAGCAAGCUUGAACAAGUCAUUAUUGCUGGAUAUGAAAAAAAUGCACUUUAGGAAUAUGUAUCGUGACAAGAGAAAAAAAUGAAGCGACUGUGUGAUCAAUUGAGGAACCUUCAUUGGUAGCAUAGUAACUAUGUUCAUAGGAUUAUAAAGUCAUUAAUAUUGCUUUGCUUUAGUGUAAAUUGUAACUGUGCAUAAUAACACGUCGAUUAGUUUGGGAAGUGAAGCACCCCAAGCACAAGAUGGCUUCUAUCUUACAGGUAAUUGCGAAGAGGCAAUGUGAAAAAUUAGUUGAAAGUUUGACGGGGCGAACUCAUGCGGAAACGCUCCUGGAAAUUUAUGCAGCCAUAGCAGCAUCGUUAGUAACGACAAAAACCCUACUAGCAACGGAACAAUGGAGACAUACAAGAAGUAGUCCAGCCAAAGAAAAGCAAAAACAAAUGAUAAUGCCGAAUAUUAUAGAGAUUUUCUAACUACGUUAAGGGGCUGGUGGGGAAGAGGACAGACAUAUAUAUAUGGCUACUGUUAGGGUAAAUUAAUAGGCAAAUCUGUAACAAUAAAGAAAAUUACUACCAACUUUUAGUGUCGCUGACCACAACAUGCUUCGCUAGUCGAUUUUAAAGAGAGGUACACUAAUCAUCGUGAGGGUCGAGCAAAUGCACAAGUCUAGGGAUUAUGACUACUGUGGUAAUUAUUGUUAUUACAAUGUUAUUCUCGCUAGUAUACUAGACAACAAAAUUUACUCAGCGCGUCUCGAAGACCAGGUACGAGGUAGAUCCCGAGGAAGUUGCAUUAGACAAAGACGAGGUUCAAUAUAUCAAUUCGAGGGGAAGAAGCCAAAACUGAACACGCUGACUCAAAUGACUGUAUCAUAGUCUGUCUGUAAGAGCGUGCGUAAUAUAAGACUGUAUAUGUGCAUAUCACAUAAUGGGGGCAACGAGCCGAAUAAAGUAUGUAAUGUUACGUAAGGCAAAAAAAAAGAUGAUGUUCGAUGUAUAAAGAGUACAGAAGACAAAGAAGAGUUAAUUAUGAAUAUUUGAUGACUCCUCCUCUAGUACGAAAAAAAUAUAUGGGCGUGCUGGCAAAAGUCGUCAUAAUAGCGUUUCGAAAAACGAAGGCGAAAUUGUAAUGUAGUUACUUUACGGUUGACUAUUUUCAUUGAAUACGAAAUUGAAAGGGUAUUUUAUGUUAGUCACUACUUCUGGUCCGUCAAUCCAGCUGUAAACUUGAGUUCUACUCAUCUGCGUGCAUAAUUGUUGCUUAUAUAUUUUCUUACUCAUCUAUCUAUCUAUCUAUUCGGUCUCUACGGCUAUUUGCCAUAUACUGUGUAAAUAUUUUUUAGAGAAAAAAGAUUUGUAAGGGCGUAAAACAUUAUUCGGGUGAAAGAUCACGAUCACAGUGCCUGCGUCCAAUGGAAAACCGUCGUUUCGGGGACCACAGUCUAUAUCUAUAAUAAUAAUAAUAAUAGUAAUUGUUCAUAGCGGUAGAUGGCGACAAAAACGACAAAAAGCGAAAUGGGCAAAUCCGUUGGGCGAAAAAUGUAAUAAGCUGUACGUAGCUUAUUUAAAAAGAACACGUAUCAUAAAUAGAAAAGAUCGAAAUUAAUCCACUUUUCCAUGAUGAUUAUUCUCUAUAGAAUACUUUAUACGAUCUUAUCGUAUUAGUAUUAUUGACUUAAGGCACGUGUAGAGCAUAUCGCAGUACUUCACUUGUGACGCGAGCUAAUAGAGAGCUCGUAAAUUACCUAAUUGCAUUAUUCGAGUUAAUAUUCACAAGCUUCUAGCGAUUGUUCAAAAGCUACUGUUUAUUCAAGUGCAUACGGCUAAGAUGUAGGUCAGGUCGAUGUAAACAGUGGCAGGACGUACAAGAAUCUUUCUUAUGCUUAUAGUGAAGCCGUAUGGUUAAGUAUUCAGUUAUCCAGCGGUCGACAUAUAAUGGGUCGAGGCUGGGAAGGGCAGGGACUGGGCUUAUCGGAGAUCUCCAGUGGAGCUUGUAUAAACUGCUAAGCAAAAUGGGAUUCCUUCGCUCGACAUGGAACGAUAUGAGCGGACAUAUUUGUUUCUUUGACCACAACUUAUUUCCACAGCGGUACGGUGAUGUGUACGAGCAAAACUAAGAUUUUUGUCUUUUUUGGUGAACAAAAACAUUUUUUACCACGUCGAAAAAACGAAAGUUAACCCCGUACCUUCAGGUGGAAAGACCUGUAUGUAGAAGAUGCUGCUCUUGUGUAAAUGUUGACAAUCCACUGUACAUAUAUACAUAAUAAAUACA